UCUCACAUUCCCACCAACGAAGUCUCUCUCACUCAACAAAAAACGCACUAAAGUCUAUGGUCAAACCAAAAGCACUCUCAUCCUUCCAUCCUCAUGCAAUAAAAGACCAAACCUCCUUCCUAUAGUUCCUACCAAAAUCCAACUUGCAGCACCAGCAGCAGCCAUGGAUACACUAAACACACAAACACCAUACCCCAACACCAACAAACCCACAGACCCAGAAAAAGACAUCUCCACCAUUGAGGAAGAUGAGGAGCUCUGUCCCAUUGAAGAAGUCAGGCUAACAGUGGCCAACACAGACGACCCUACUCUUCCCAUAUGGACUUUCAGGAUGUGGUUCUUGGGUCUAAUCUCAUGUGCUCUUCUUUCCUUCCUCAACCAGUUCUUUGCCUACCGUACUGAGCCUCUUGUCAUUACCCAAAUCACUGUUCAAGUCGCCACCCUCCCUAUAGGUCGCUUCAUGGCUUCUGUUCUUCCCAAGACCAAGUUUCAGAUACCUGGGUUUGGAUCCAGGAGCUUCUCGUUGAACCCUGGUCCGUUUAACAUGAAGGAGCACGUACUCAUUUCCAUCUUUGCUAAUGCUGGGAGUGCAUUCGGAUCUGGCGCAGCAUAUGCUGUUGGUAUUGUCAAUAUUAUCAAAGCCUUCUACCACAGGAAUAUCUCGUUUUUUGCUGCUUGGCUUCUUAUUAUCACUACUCAGGUAUUAGGAUAUGGUUGGGCUGGACUAUUACGGAAGUACGUGGUGGAGCCGGCACAUAUGUGGUGGCCAGCUACUCUUGUUCAAGUUUCACUCUUCCGGGCUUUGCAUGAAAAUGAAAUGCGGCGCAUGUCACGAGCAAAGUUCUUCCUAAUUGCACUAACUUGCAGUUUCUCAUGGUAUCUGGUCCCAGGGUACCUCUUCACAACACUCACAAGCAUAUCAUGGGUCUGCUGGGUAUUCUCCAAGUCAGUCACAGCCCAGCAGAUAGGUUCAGGCAUGAGAGGCCUUGGACUGGGAGCCCUAACACUUGACUGGUCGGCUGUGGCAUCUUUCUUAUUUAGCCCCCUCAUCAGCCCUUUCUUUUCUAUUGUCAACGUUUUUGCUGGCUACUUUUUGAUAGUCUAUAUUGCAAUCCCUAUAGGAUACUGGGGGUUUGACUUGUACGGUGCAAGGAGAUUUCCUAUUUUUUCAUCACACUUGUUUACAGCCCAAGGUCAAGCCUACAACAUAUCAGCUAUUGUAAAUGACAAGUUUGAGUUAAAUCUAUCCAACUAUGAGGAGCAAGGACGGAUUCAUUUAAGCAUGCUUUUUUCUCUCACCUAUGGCUUUGGAUUUGCCACAAUUGCAGCCACGCUCACACAUGUGGCCCUAUUCUACGGCAGGGAAAUCUAUGAGAGGUAUCGUGCUUCUUAUAAGGGCAAGGAGGAUAUCCAUACCAAAUUGAUGAAGAGAUACAAGGACAUACCUUCCUGGUGGUUUUACUUGUUGCUUGUUGUGACAAUGGCAGUUUCCCUUGCACUCUGCAUAUUUUUAAAUAAACAAGUUCAGAUGCCAUGGUGGGGACUUCUCUUUGCUGCAGCUAUGGCCUUUACUUUUACUCUUCCAAUCAGCAUUAUAACUGCCACAACAAACCAGACACCAGGGCUAAACAUUAUCACAGAGUAUGCAAUGGGUUUGAUAUACCCAGGAAGACCAAUAGCCAAUGUGUGCUUCAAAACCUUUGGUUAUAUGAGCAUGGCUCAAGCUGUCUCCUUCCUCAGUGAUUUCAAGCUAGGACAUUACAUGAAGAUUCCCCCAAGAUCAAUGUUCCUAGUUCAGUUCAUCGGAACAAUUCUGGCUGGAACUAUUAAUCUUGCAGUGGCAUGGUGGUUGUUGACCUCUAUUACGAAUAUAUGCCAGGAUGAACUUCUUCCCACUGGCAGUCCCUGGACAUGCCCUGGAGACCGAGUCUUCUUUGAUGCAUCUGUUAUUUGGGGUCUAGUAGGACCGAGACGUAUCUUUGGACCUCUUGGAAACUAUGAGGCAAUGAAUUGGUUCUUCCUUGGAGGUGCAAUAGGGCCAGUGAUUGUUUGGCUAUUGCAUAAAUCAUUCCCCAAGCAAUCUUGGAUUCCCCUGAUCAACCUUCCAGUCCUUCUGGGAGCAACAGCAAUGAUGCCGCCAGCAACACCAGUGAACUACAAUGCAUGGAUUAUUGUCGGAACAAUUUUCAAUUUUUUCAUCUUUCGUUACCGAAAGCAAUGGUGGCAGAGGUACAAUUACAUUCUUUCAGCAGCACUGGAUGCUGGAGUGGCUUUCAUGGGAGUGCUAUUGUAUUUUUCAGUGGGCAUGGAAGGGAAAAGUUUGACUUGGUGGGGUACCGAUGGUGAACAUUGUCCAUUAGCACAAUGUCCAACAGCCAAGGGCAUAGUGGUUGAUGGUUGUCCAUUGAACUGAUGCCUGUAUGCUUCAGUCAUGAUUUCACUUCUAAUGUCAAACAACAUAAUGGUAGCAAUUACUAUUAUGGUAGGAUUUGAAAUGGUAGGCAUUUCAUGCAUUAUAUGGAUUGUAGUAUUUUAUACAAAUUAUCCUUUACAUUUGAGUA